GAGCGAGCAAUGAUGUCUCUAAGCAAAGCAAGGCCAGAGGAGCAGCUCUGCAAAAGAGGAGGAGGAGGAGGAGGAGGAGGCGGUGGUACGAGCUGCCAGCCUUCCUCCCCAUUGGCUCCCAAGGACCACAACUUCCACGCCUGGUACCUCAGUGGUCCCCCUCCAGCGAAUGGGACCAAGCCUUGGAGGAGGAAGAGAGCCUUGCAUCUUUGGAGAUCCCCCCCGAGCGCCAUGGCCAGACCACUGCAGGACGGGAGCCGCCGCACCGAGCCGACAGCCGCUGCUGCUGUGUCCGGGAGCCCAGCCUUCCCUCUGGGGGGGACGGUGGCCCUGCCGCCCACCUUCUGCCGGAGCCCACGCCCCUGGACGCCCCGGCUGAACGGAGGAAGGGGACCCUGCGGACCCAGCCCAGCCCCGGGCCACGGCAGCCUCCACCCCGGAACCCUGCCAGGGGCGACCCAGCAGAGCCCAAGGGGGGAGGAAGUGGAAGAGGAGGGGGCCGCCGCCGCUGCUGCCGUGGAGCCUGAGCAUGGAGCAGCCGAAGCCAAUGGACACCUCCCCAGGCAUCUCCCCACCCUGGAGCAGCAGAUUGGGGCUCGCCUACGCCAGAUGGGAGACCGCUUCCAGCAAGAGUACGAGCAAAGGGAGCGCAGGCCGCAUGGCGCCCUCUGGGGCCACUUCUACCACUUGGUCUUCCACAUGCUCGGCGUCUUGUACAACCUGCCCGUCAGGGGCUAAGGGCUUUGAAGAGUGGAACCUCCAACCCGCCGCUUGAAGGGUUGCCGCUGCUGCCUGCCGCUCUCAGAGGAGUUUUCCGUCUCCUCUUCCUGCUGGCCAGGAGGAAAAAGCCAGACUAACCUUGGACUUGAGAAAUACCCAGCCUUCAAUGACAAAAAAGGCCAAUGCUGCUCCUCCAACCAGAAUCUUCAAACCGGAGGCCAUGGGACUGCCUGCUCUGGGCAUGGGGGUGUGUGUGACCUCCCAACCCAGCAGUGCCUUAUCAGGAGAGCUGCUCACUGAGGUGGGAGCAAGAGCAAGUUAGCACUAUGUGAAUACUGUUAAUUGAGCCUGUAUAGGGGGAGGAGGGGGGAGAGAGAAUUGCACAUGGGACCGGUCGUGUCCGCUGUAAAUAGGGAUUUUCCUGGGCUUUGUACAGGGCGUGGUGUGGGACCCAGUUGCACAGCAGGCGCUGUAUGUAUGUAUAUACGGGUAUCUUUGUGCUUGUACAUAGGACAAAAUUGGUGCUAUCUGUACAUACUUGACGGGGUUGGUUAUCUGUACCAGGGGGAAGGGGGCAGGUAAGGGAGAGAAGAAUUUUGUAUGUUUCCUUUUCAAUAAAAACUGGACA